AUGGUUCGAGCGACGCCCAUCAUCAUGCUUCUUCUGCUACUUCCUGUUUCAGGAAUGCGGAAUGAAGCGAGCCGCGCGGUCGGAGAGAAGCGUGGGAACGUCGGCGAGGUGGCUGAGCACCGUGAGCAUGUCAAGGAGGGACUCUCGGACACGGGGCACUGCCACGGCGAGAUGGACGCACCAGAAUCUCAGAAGACCCCAUGCUCUAAAGAUGCCGAUUGCCGUCUUUGCGGUGCUGACUGGACUUGCUACCACAUGAAGAAAGAUACCUACGAAAUGAAGAAGCUCAUGUAUCCAGACACCGAGUGGUUGAAAUCCUACUGUCACCACAUCUGA